CAUGCGCAAACGUCGCGGCUUUUCUUCGCAUUUGUCAGAUGAUGUUGACCCGGGUAUUCUAGGGUUAAUUACCCACCUCAAAAUGUACUCUAUUGAUGGGAGGCGGGGCUGCAAACGACAAAAAAGCCUUAAACAGUCGAUAAAGUUGGCGCUAUCGGUGCAUUUUAAGGAGUACUAUUCGUUUUUGUUCGCCGGACAUUAACCUGCAGUUCGGCGACUGAAUUCACUUUUACCGGCUUGGGCGAAAAAACAGCCUCGCAUCUGUUAGGGUCCUUUUUCCUGCUCUCAUUGAAUCACAUCUUACGAUGGUGCUCUUCCAGCGCUGUUUCACUAGGACGUUUAGUCUCGGGCAGCGGAAACUGAGCGGUUCGCCCCAACAGGAGAAAGUGGUGAACAUGCCAGCAUGGGCUUCCAUCAGACCACAUUAUCAGAGCUGCUUGGUCGGUGCUAGGAGCUACAGCACCGAAGGUGCUGGAGGGUUGAGUGAACGCACUCUGAUCGCCGUCAAGCCCGAUGGUGUACAGCGACGUCUCGUGGGUCAGAUCAUCCAGCGUUUUGAGAAGAGGGGCUUCAAGCUCGUGGGCCUAAAGAUGUUAAAGGCUCCGGAAGAGUUGCUGUCUCAACAUUAUCAUGACCUCAGCAAGAAGCCCUUUUAUCCUUCCCUGCUGCAGUACAUGGGCUCUGGUCCCCUGGUUGUCAUGGUAUGGGAGGGGUACAAUGUUGUCUCCACGUCCCGGAAAAUGGUGGGGGACACCAACUCAGCCGAGGCCCCUCCAGGCACUAUUCGUGGUGACUUUAGCAUUCACAUUAGCAGGAAUGUGGUCCAUGCCAGUGAUUCCGUGGAUGGGGCUCAGCGGGAGAUCCAGUUGUGGUUUAACUGUAAAGAGCUGACACACUGGGACUGCCAUGACCAAAGCAGCACUUUCCACUUGUGAGAGAGGAUUGGGAGGGAACCCAGUGCCCCUACUGUGCCUGUUUUACCAUAUCGACACCGUUACUACCUCUAUGUACGUGUGUGAGCGGCAAAACGUGUGCAAGCAGUACCCAAGCUCUGCCUGCACCCCAGGUCCAUCACACCAUACCAGAAUCACGCCGGCAGCGGCCCGGUCUGCUCAUGCGCUUCAACGACGUGGCUGAGGGGUACCCAUGACGUGUCAUUUUCCUUCGCUUUUAAUUUUUUUUAAUGAAUCAGUGUUGUGGUAUUAAAAUCACAUGAAAUUUGAGAAGAUUGGUUUAGAAUUUUAAAUGAUUAUAUGAGGGCUGGUAAUGUCAAGAUUAAAAAAAAAAAAAAACUCCUGAAUACAUUAACUGAAAAUUACACAAAGUAAACUCUAAACAUUUGUUUUGGCAAACAUAUUGCGAAGGUCAGCUUGACUUUGAGGUUUUUGUAUAAAGCCUUUUGUCCCAAACCAAACAGAACUUGGUGAAAACCCCUCAGAAAAAGGAUUUUAUUGACUUAACGUACAUAAUCAAAUUAGCUUUCCAGCCUACAGUGGAAUAUUAUCAUCAACUGGAAAAAUUGCUCAACGAUUGUCAAUAUUUCUCAGAUCACAUUGGUCAAGACAGUAUUUUAGUUCAAAUAAAUUUUGCUGUUGAAAUUCA